AUGGAAGCCAAGAACAUGGAUGUGAAGAACAUAGAGUUUGCUUGUCACUCUCUGAACCCCAAGAUUGUCAAGGAGCUUUGUGUUGUCAUGGAAAAAACUGAUGAUGCUGGGGACGCCAAGGAGCGUGUGUUUGAAGUGAAACAGUCCGAAGCUUGCAUUUUCGUUCCAAGCCCGACACCCCGCAAAUUGGGCAACAAGCGGUCGCACCCUGACUGGGACGAUGUGGGCAGUGUAGCAAUCUUUUCUGCAGAAGGAGGUUGGAAGGAUGGUGUGCAGUCCAAAGGCUUGGUGUCUCUGGUUCAGAGGUGGGUGCUCAAUGAUGGCGACCAGGGGUUGAUGUGCAACCCAGAAAAGCCAGGAAUCUAUCUCACCGGGCCCAUCCAAGUCCAGGCCAACCACCUUGUGCGUCUCACAUGA